GAUCUAUUAAUAGAAUGAGAUUUAUGACUCAAACACUGAUUGAUUUCUAUUAUAAUGAUCAUCAACACAAAACCUUUUCAACAACUGCUCACAUCAGGCCACGGGGCAGGAGUUUCUUCAUUAUUUAUCUUUCUUGCUGUUGAGCUGUAUCAUGGUGACCAGAACAAGUUGUGAUAUGCGAAGAAAAGGAAUUUCACGGUGCUGUAAUCUACGUGAUAAAUACAGGUUUUCUAUGCUGUUCUUCUUUACUGUACACUACGGUAAUUCCACACGCGCAGCGAAGCAGUCGUGCGCAUGCGCAAAUCAACUGUGUUGCGCGCGGGAGAGUUGUCUUCAGAGCCGCGGAGAAGCAGCUGCGAGUCUGAUUUCAUACCGUAGGGUUUCAUCUGCAGCCGGUUUUCUUUAUUUAUUUGUUGUUGUUUUUUUUGCCGGAAGUUGUUUAUAUCCUAUAAGGAGCUAAUAUAUUCCUGCUAGCACCCCAGACCAGUCCCUCAGUGGAGGCGGCCAUGUUGGCUGUUUACUAAACAAUAACAGGUUAUUUAUGAUUCCGCGCAGCAGAAAAGUUUAGUGUUGUUACUGUACAGAAGGUGAAGAUCAGCACAUCGGAGCAGCUUCUUCUCGGUUCAGGUAUGAAGCUGCAGUGUGAUGUGGAGGUUGUGAAUCGGAUGCUGCCCACAUUCGGGCUGAGGAACCGAGGUAGAGGCUCCAGGGCCGUGCUGUCCAUCGGGAGACAUGUGGACCAGAAGACUCAGAUACCCAGUGUCUAUCUGCUCAUCUGUACUGCAAAAGACAGGACUGGGUCCAAGUACAAGCUGAAGGAGAACAUAGAGAAGUUUUUCACAUGCUUUGUAGAAGAGGGGAAAGCCACUGUACGACUUAAAGAACCCAUGGUGGACAUCUGCAUGAGCAAGGCAGACACUUCCAGCCUGAAAAACUUCCUCUCAGCUGCUCGACUUGCACACAGAGGAACUAUUCGAGAUGGUCUUUCCCUCUCCACACUUACCCCUGUUCGUGCCAGAGAUGUGGAAAAACCCAAAAAGAAGCUCAUCAUUACGUCUAAGAAGGACUAUCCCCUCACAUCCAGCUUCCCCUACUCUCUGGAGCAGCUGCAAGUGUCUUAUUGUAAGCUCUCCAGGGUGGACAUGCGCAUGCUGUCUUUAAAAUCACUGCGAGCGCUUGACCUCAGCAAUAACCACAUCAAGAAGCUCCCAGACACCAUUGGUGACCUCCACUUCCUGACAGAACUGAUUCUCCGCAACAACCGCUUAGAGAGCUUCAGUGUAGCCCUGUGCCUCUCCAGUCUCCAGAAAUCUCUGCAGCAUCUGGACCUGAGUCAAAACGGCCUGAAGCUGCUGCCUGCUUGCUUUUGCAAGUUGCGUGAACUUGUUAGUCUCAAACUGGAUGAAAAUCAGCUGGUACAACUGCCCUUUCACAUCGGCCAGCUCACGAAGAUGCGUUUCCUUUCAGCUGCCCACAAUAAACUCACCGUGCUGCCCGGAGACUUUCGCAAACUGUCACUGGAGAACCUGGACCUGUUUGGGAACCCCUUCACUCAGCCCAAUCCUCUUGAUCACAGCAUUCAUCUCACGUUACCUCUCAGCCUGGAGGAGCUGGCCUCCCGAGCUGUGCUCAACUCCAGAAUUCCUUAUGCACCUCAUCUUAUUCCCUUUCACCUUUGUGGAGACAUGGAACUUGCAAAGGUGUGCAGCUGUGGCUGCACCUGCAUUCGCUCGUAUGUACAGACGGCCGGUAGCAUGAACCUGCACCUGGUGUCUCACACUGUGGUGUUAGUGGAUGACAUGGGAGGUACAGAGGCUCCAAUUCAGCGCCAUUUCUGCUCCCUCACGUGUUACUGCCAGUUUCUGGACAGCUGUGUGCAGAGAGGCCUGAGCUGAGAAGUGUGUGUGCGUGUGUGUGUUACUGCUAUAGCAGUCAUAAUCUAUGUUUGACCAACAGGAAACAUCUCAUGGCCAUAUUUUAUUUAUUACAGUUUUCUUGUUUUUACUUGAGAUGGACAAUCUGUAGUUUGGCUUUGACAUGUUUUUGUUUUGUUGGAGAUACGAACAAACAAAUGCCAGAGAUUUUUUAAAGGCAGUUUCAUGUUCCGCAAAACAACAUUGUGUUAUAAGUUCUUUAAUUGUCUAUAGUUUUGUGUCUGACUCUUUUCAUGUUUUAUGGAUUUUUGUGGAUUAUCAAAUAAAUGAACACUUUUGGAUCUUUA